CACUCCUGCAGUAAUGGUUGUGAACUGGCUUGAAGGACCUGGAUCAGAACAAUUAAGAGCCCAGUGGGGGAUUGGUGACUCCAUUAGGGCUUCCCAGGCCCUGCAGCAGAAGCACGAAGAGAUCGAGAGCCAGCACAGUGAAUGGUUUGCAGUAUAUGUUGAGCUUAAUCAGCAAAUUGCAGCACUCUUGAAUGCUGGGGAUGAGGAAGAUCUUGUGGAACUGAAGUCUCUGCAGCAGCAGCUUAGCGAUGUUUGUUAUCGACAGGCCAGUCAGCUGGAAUUUAGGCAAAAUCUCUUACAGGCGGCUCUUGAAUUUCAUGGUGUCGCCCAAGAUUUGUCUCAGCAGUUGGAUGGCUUAUUAGGGAUGUUGUGCGUAGAUGUAGCACCAGCUGAUGGAGCAUCGAUUCAGCAAACUUUAAAACUGCUUGAAGAGAAGCUGAAAAGUGUUGAUGUGGGAUUACAAGGUUUGCGUGAAAAAGGUCAAGGUCUCCUGGAUCAGAUCUCCAAUCAGGCAUCCUGGGCCUAUGGAAAGGAUGUAACUAUUGAAAAUAAAGAAAAUGUGGACCACAUACAAGGAGUGAUGGAAGAUAUGCAGCUUAGGAAACAAAGAUGUGAAGACAUGGUAGAUGUGCGAAGGUUAAAGAUGCUACAGAUGGUGCAGCUGUUCAAAUGUGAAGAGGAUGCUGCCCAGGCAGUAGAAUGGCUAAGUGAACUUCUGGAUGCUCUGCUUAAGACGCACAUCAGAUUGGGUGAUGAUGCUCAAGAAACCAAAGUCUUGCUGGAAAAGCAUAGAAAAUUUGUUGAUGUUGCACAGAGCACUUAUGACUAUGGUAGGCAGUUGCUACAAGCCACAGUGGUGUUGUGCCAGUCUCUGCGCUGUACUUCUCGAUCCUCUGGAGAUACACUGCCUCGACUGAAUAGAGUAUGGAAACAAUUUACGAUGGCCUCUGAAGAGAGAGUACAUCGGUUGGAAAUGGCCAUUGCAUUUCACUCAAAUGCUGAAAAGAUUUUGCAAGACUGUCCAGAAGAGCCUGAAGGUAUUAAUGAUGAGGAACAAUUUGAUGAAAUUGAAGCAGUUGGAAAAUCACUUUUGGACAGAUUAACUGUUCCUGUAGUUUAUCCUGAUGGAACCGAACAAUAUUUUGGGAGUCCAAGUGACAUGGCUUCUACUGCAGAACACAUCAGAGACAGGAUGAAACUAGUUAGUCUCAAAAGGCAGCAGCUGAGACAUCCUGAAAUGGUGACCACUGAGAGCUAAUAGCUACCAGCUAUCCGAAGACCUGCAGUUCAUUCUCCCGCAUGUCGGCAUACUGCAGCACUAGCCUCAACACGUUUAAGACACAUUUCACAGCAGGAUAAGCCUCAUUUCUUCCCAUGACAUAUUUCUCUCCACAUGCUAAACACCUCUCAACUACCAAGGCAUAAUUAUUUAACCUGCUUUGAGAUCAUAGACUCCAGGUUGUUGUAAAAGAAGGAACUGUAAACAUUGCACUGAAAACUUGCUCUCAAGCUUUAUCUGAUCUGUCAGUUUGUAGAUGAACAACUGAUACUAAGCUUUGAAUGGUGCUAAUAAGAGUUUAGGAAUUCUCUCUAUUAAAACAUGGUGAUGUAGUAAGUUUAGACUAUAGUUAAACUGUUCUUAGUAGCGGUGCCCUCAAAAUUUUACUUUGUAAUUCUUCUUCAAAAUUGAUUAUUUUUAUUGUGUCCAUAUGGAGAAAAUCCUUCAGAUCUUUGAUAUAUCAUAUUCAUUAAAAGACAUUUUCCUAUUUGUAUUGAUAAUGUAUUAAAAGUUGUUUGUGCUUAAUAAAAGCCUUCUUUAAGCGUCUUA